GUAAGGUGGAUGUAAACUCCGUCGCGAUAAAAUAUUACGAAAAAAAAACGCGUUUUAAAAUUAAAUACAGUGUUAUAGCAAUACGUAACCGAUUAUCGUGUUGAUAAAAUGAGUGAAAAAGUGUGAUUGAAUUAUUUAAUAACACGCAAAUAGUCGUUGUGUUCUCGUGAAAAUGAAUGGUAAAAUGCAUAGUGAAACUGCCACUUUCUCGGCAGACGGCGUGCGUGCCCAAAUAUUAAACCCAUUUGUUCACAAAUUGGAAUUGGACAACACAUACGAUAAAAUACGGACUGCCAUCUUCACUGUCAUCUUAUUACCUUUUCGGGUGAUAGUCAUAUGCUUCCUGAUCGUCACUGCCUGGUUCCUCGCGUGCAUAGGGCUCCAUGGCCUUAGCGAGGACGACCUGAGGGAGAAACCCAUGACCGGAUGGCGAAGCAAGCUGCGCUUCUCGAUUCUGUCCCUGAUCCGCUUGGUGGUGGUAGCUGCUGGGUUCCAUCGGGUGCGGGUGUUGGGUCGCGAGCACGUGCCCUCCGACCGGCGUGAGGCCCCGGUCAUCGUAAUCGCACCUCACUCCUCCUACUUCGACGCGAUAGCCAUCGUUUGCCUCGGUGCUCCCAGUGUUGUGGCGAAGGCUGACACGGCACGACUGCCCUUCAUCGGACAACUGAUAAACUACACUCAGCCGGUGUACGUGUGGCGGGAUGACCCUAACUCCAGGCAAAACACCAUCAAGGAAAUCAUAGAGCGUGCGACUUCGAAAGAAGACUGGCCUCAGGUGUUAAUUUUCCCGGAGGGCACUUGCACGAAUCGUUCCUGCUUGAUCACUUUCAAGCCGGGCGGAUUCUACCCCGGCGUGCCCGUGCAGCCCGUCACCAUCCGCUACCCCAACGCCCGAGACACGGUCACCUGGACCUGGGACGGACCUGGCGCGUUAAAACUGUUGUGGCUGACGUUAACCCAGGUGCACAGUUCGUGUGAAAUCGAGUUCCUGCCAGUGUACUACCCCAAUGAAGACGAGAAACAGGAUCCCAAGCUGUACGCGAGGAACGUCAGGGAUGUUAUGGCCAAAGCUCUGGGUGUACCGGUGUUGGACUACACAUACGACGACUGCCGCCUCAUCGCGCAAGCUAAGCAAAUGGGCAUUCCGGGAGGCGUGGCCGUAAGGGAGGUCAGCGAACUGAGGACACUGCUUGGUUUAACAAGAACUCGGGUAGAGAUGGACCUAGCCCGCCAAUGUAUUCAGGAGGAACGUAGGUGGGUGUCCGGGCAAGAAUUCGCUCAGAGGCUGGGAGUUCCCUACGACACCCGCUCCCAACGUCUAUACAAAAUAUUUGAGAAUUACGAUCUCGGGAUGGCCUACUUCCCCGACUACCUUAUGUGCGCGGUGUUCCUGUCGAUACAGCACGCGACCGCUAGUCAACUUCUAGAAUAUGCUUUUAAGCUUUACGACCCGGUGGGGGCGGGAAGGCUCAAGAUGCACAACUUCGAAGAGGUGGCGACUCGCUGCCUGGGGCUCGCGCACGAGGAGGCGCAGAACACGUUCCGACAGGUCGACGAAGAUGACAAGGGGUAUAUCACCUAUGAUGACUUCAUGUCGUUCUUCCAAAACAAGUCUGACUUCUCGCUGAGUUUCGUGGAGGUGCCGGUGAAGCCGAAAGCUCAGUGAGGGUCGGUUCACAUCCCCACCGUCUGCAGUCAAGUACCAUAAGGGUUACGCGUAGUCAUACAUAAGUGCAAUCCAAAUGUGUAGGUCUUUAUUAUGAAAAUUAAGCUAAAAUUGCUAUACUGCGCGAAAAGCAGGAGAAUCUGUAUGGUGCACCGACACCGGAGCGUCCUCGGGAGAUAUUGACAUACGAUAUUAUAUUAUUGUAAAGUCAACAUCUCCUGAGGAUUCUCCGGUUU